UGUCGUUUCCUUCCUGUCCGUCCAUUCCUCUCCGCUUCAGUUGACUCAAUGAGGAGUUGAGCGCAACAGAGGCAGGCAGUCAACGGCGCGCAACGAGCCACCAGUGCAUCUGCUGUUGGUGCGCUUGCAGUCACACACUACAAGCUUUCCAUCUUUAACGUGAGCUUUAUAGAUUGAAAUUAAAUUAGUAUGAAAUAACAAAACUGGUUUAAAAAAAUUACUCAGCGAAAAGGGGAGUUUUUCUCCAGGUGCGAUGGUUCCGCUUUCUCUCCGUUUUUUUCUACGAACGUUUUUCUUCCUUCAUAUCUGAUCGCCCAUCAGUGGAAUGAUCUGGCUUUUAUCUUGUGUCGUUUCCACUUCAGCAUGGGAACUGCCGGGUCCAAAAGGAAGACUUUAAGGACCGAUGCAAUAUCUUCUGUGGCCGCAAAAGUUAGAGCAGCCAGAGCUUUCGGAGAUUACCUGUCUCACACACACCCUGAGAACCGCAACGGAUCAGAUCAGCUUCUAUCUAAUACCUUCAUUGGCCAAGACACAGACUCCCCUGACAUCAGUCGUCUUCACAACAACAACCUACACCCUCAGAGCCACUGUGGGGCCAAGGCCAGCCAGGACCAGUCCCAGGCCCACAGUCUUCAGUCCCAGCUCAGCACACUGCAUCCCCACCCCAGCAGUCUCCAGCCCAGCACCCUGCAGCCAAGCAGUCUGCAGCCCACAGGCCCCUCUAAGCACAGGCUCUCAGCAGGGCUCUCAGCGGAGCGAAGUUUCUCCUCCGAGGAGCAGCAGCCACCUCCCAGGUCCUCUGAGGGGAGCCUGACCAGCCUGAAACCAGCUGCCCAGCGGGUCUACACCAUCACCAGGGAGGGAGGCAUGCUAGGGGGGCGAGGCAGCGAGGAGAGUCUGGAGGUGCUGAAGCAGCCUCUGUCCCCUCCUCCCUCCGCCAACCAGCCCUCCUUUUCCAAACAACAACCACCAGGCAGCAAACAUCACCGCGGCAACCAGAGCCAUGGCCCACAGAGCCACAGGCCCAAGUCCCAGCCCCUGCAGAGCUCAGGGAGUGCCCAUAACAUCCGGGACUGGGUGGUGAGGAGGGGGGGCUCGCGGGAGGACUGCACCCCAGACUGUGUCACCUGCAUCAGGGCCCCAUGUCCGAGACAGCGCUCCCUGGAUCUGGAGACGUCCCCGCGAGACGGAGGAAAACAGAGGAAGAAGCUAGAGAGGAUGUACAGCCAAGACCAAGGCAGAGACAGACAAGGCUCUGCUGAGGAGAGAGAGGACAACCCUAAUAGCUGGUUCCCCAAAGAGAACAUGUUCAGCUUCCAGACGGCUACCACAACAAUGCAGGCAAUAUCGGCAUUCCGGGGCAUAGCUGAGAGAAAGAGGAGGAAAAGGGAACAAGAGGCAACCGCUCCAAUAACCGAGACUGAGAGAAACUUCCGGAAGCACCUGAGAAUGGUGGGCAGCCGCAGAAUGAAGGCUCAGAGUGAGUUCCCCACAUAUGCUGACCGCCGAGCCAAGAGUUUCAACCGCUCCUGGAGUGACCCCAUCCCCAUGAAGCCUGACUCUCUCCAUGGCUCCAGAGACAGUGGGGACUUGCAGUCCUCCUCAGGGGCUCUAGAUGAAGGAUCCCAGGAGGAUGCAGACUGGGAGGAGGAGAGAGAGAUGGAGAGAGCAGCCUGUGAGGGAGAGGACUUCGUCCCACCCAAAAUCAUGUUGAUAUCCUCCAAGGUCCCGAAGGCUGAAUAUGUUCCUAACAUCAUCCGUAGGGACGAUCCCUCCGUCAUCCCCAUCCUUUAUGAUCAUGAACAUGCCACAUUCGAUGACAUCAUUGAGGAGAUAGAGAAGAAGCUGACGGCCUAUAGGAAAGGCUGUAAGAUCUGGAACAUGCUCAUCUUCUGUCAGGGAGGUCCGGGGCAUCUGUACCUGCUCAAGAACAAAGUGGCCACAUUUGCCAAAGUGGAGAAGGAGGAGGAUAUGAUCCAGUUUUGGAAGAAGUUGAGUCAGUUUAUGAGCAAGCUGAAUCCUGAGCCCAACCUCAUUCAUAUAAUGGGCUGCUAUGUUCUGGGGAGCGCCAAUGGAGAAAAGCUAAUCCACAAUCUGAAGAGGCUAAUGAGACCUUAUGCCAUCGAAUUCAAAUCCCCGCUAGAGCUGUCUGCACAGGGCAAGGAGAUGAUCGAGAUGUACUUUGACUUCCGUCUAUUCCGCCUGUGGAAAACCCGCCAGCACUCCAAGAUGCUCGAAUAUGAUGACCUUUUGUGACACUGCUCACCUCUGACCUUUGUCAGGCUAUUGGCUGUGUAUCUCAUCACCGAUAGCCUAUGGUGACGGCUUUCCUUGAGAGGUCCUGGACGGGAGCGCUCUGUUGAAGAGGUGGACGACAGGCUUCAGGUAGUUUUGCUCACUGAGGAGGCUUCGAUCCUCUGCUC